AUGACGCUGGUGUCAACGUCGCUGGGCGGGCGGCGCAGCGACGUCUUCUGGACGCGCAUAUUCCUAUUCGGCGCUUCCUGUGUGGCGGGACUCAUCAUCGCCCGCCGCCGGAAGCUGCACCGUUUUCACCUGCACAUCCUGAAUGCCAAGUCGGCGGACUGCGGCCGCCUUUUCGGGCUCGAUAUUGGCGGCACGUUGACGAAAAUGGUCUACUUCCAGUCGGCUGACGGUGCGGCCGCGGUGCAGCGACAGCAGAUGGAACGUCAGCUCAAUCGAUUGGAUCCACUGACCCCACGCGAGCGGCGGCGCGUGGAGGGCAGCCUGCCUCUCAUCGAUGACUUCAUCAUGAGUCUCCACGCCACGGACGAGGCUCAGCGCGAGGAGCGACUGCAGCUGUUUGUACCUGAGCUAGGUGGAACCAUCCACUUUAUUAACUUUCCCACAGCCAAAAUGGACGAGAUCACAGACUUUGUGCGCCGCCGUUUCUUCCACCGAUACAUUAAGAAGAUCGCCUGCACAGGUGGCGGUGCCUUCAAGUUUUCUCCGUUGUUCGUGUCGCGCUUAGGUAUCGAGCUGCAAAAGGCGGAUGAGAUGGAUGCACUGAUCCAGGGGCUCAACUUUGUUCUGCAGAACGCUCCAAACGAGUGCUUCACGUUCGUGAAGGUGGUUCCAGACACCCAGGGGCUUGGAAGUGCAACAAAGAAAAUGCUACCAAAGCUGAACAAGCACGACUUGUAUCCGUUCCUCCUCGUGAAUAUUGGCUCCGGUGUGAGCAUUCUCAAGAUCACAGGAGAGUCGCAAUACGAACGCGUGUCUGGCACGAGCCUGGGCGGUGGAACCUUUCUAGGUCUUUGCCGCGCAUUGUCUAAGCUUCACACGUUCGACGAGGCGAUGGAUGCCAGUGUUGAGGGGGACUCGAAUGAGGUGGACAUGACCGUGGGCGACAUCUAUGGUACCGCCGGAUAUGAGCAGUUCCAUCUUAAGCCAGACACAGUAGCCAGCAGCUUCGGCAAGGCCGGCGCGCGGCGCCAGCCACAUCCACCGCAAGACGCUGACCUAGCGCGCUCGCUGCUCUUUAUGAUAACGCAAAAUCUAGGCCAGCUGGCAUAUUUGAAUGCGCGCCGCGUGGAGACCAAGCGGAUCUAUUUUUCCGGCAACUUCCUGCGACGCAACGAGCUAGCGUGCAGGCAGUUGGCUUACGCAAUCAGCUUUUGGUCCAAGGGUGAAAUGCAAGCGCAAUUCUUUCAUCACGAGGGCUUUUUCGGCGAAUUGCAUUAG